AUGGAUUUCCACUAUCAAAAAAAACAUGUUGAAUUACUUGUUGAAAAAGGUAUUAUUCCAUUUAAAGUAUCCGAAUUAGAAUGUGAUUUCACUGAAUGCACAAUACGAGCUAUGAAAGAUCGUAAUGAUCCAAAUCGACCAUUUCCAUUACGUGAUAGUCCAGAAGCUAUGGCGUAUAAAAAUGGUAUAUAUCAACAUGGAAUUGUACCUGUACGCCAAUGGUAUACAGAAGAACAUAAAAAUGGAAACAUCAAAUGUAACAAAAAAAAAAUUCAAAAUUAUCUUGAAAGAAAAUUAUUGAAUCAAGCUGCUGGUAUUGCUGAUUUAUGUAUAUCACCACAAGAAUUAUUGAAUCGUUUGGGAGAACAUGAACAUUAUUGUCCUGUAUCAUUAACAUUACGUGAUGAACUUGUUGAUUGUUCAGCUACAAUAACAACCGAUUAUGUUGCCGAAUAUCAAGGACGAUAUUAUCGUAUGGCUGGUCCAAAAGAACUUCAACUAUUUUUGGAUGAUUCUGAACGUUUUGCUCCAGUUGCACCUCGUAAAUUACUACCAGCACCAAAUCAUCGACCACAUCGACGAACUGAAGCAGAAGCAAAACCAAUGUUUCCUAAACCUAUUGAAUUUGCUAGUUAUUGGCCAGUAACUUAUCUAGAGGGUGAGCAAGAAUUUCCUGUUGAAUAUCGUGAUAAAUUAUAUUUUCUAUUAAAUGAAGAAGUACGUGAAAAAUUUAUGAGACAACCAGAAAAAUAUUGGAAUAUUCGAUUACCAAAUAAACUUUCUCCACCAAAAACUCCAAUUGAUUUACUUAAUUUACCAUGUCUAGGUUAUUUAGAACAAACAAUAGCAACAGUAAUUAUAAAAAGUUUAACAGUAACAGGAACUUUUAAACCAAAAUUUCCAUUUUUAUCUAUUCAAGCAUCAGCAUUAAUCUAUAUGGCAUAUCAUCUUAAAGCUUAUAAUACAAAAAAACAAUGUGAACUUAUUAGUUAUUUAGCUGAAAAACCAACUGUACGUUAUAAACCACCAGAAUAUAAUGUCAAAUAUGAAACAUUUUUUGUCUUACGACAAAAUGUGCCUACAUUAAAUUGGUUAACAUAA